AUGUUCUUUUUAUUUUUCGACAAUGCCCGUUUAUUCCAGCAUCCCCUUUUAUUCCGCAAAGUCCGUUUAUUUCACCCUACCUUUCUAUUCCCACCUACGCUUAUAUUCCACCAAGCCCGUUUAUUCCAUCGUUCGCUCAAUUCCAAUGUCUUUUAUUCCAUCCAACCCUUCUAUUUCACCCUACCCUUCAAUUCUACCGUCCCCGUUUUGGUGCAACCUGCACGUCAAUUACCCCGUUUGAUCAAAUAUCUUCUUCAAUUUCCGACCUCCCCGUUUGUUCGAACCUCACUCUCAAUUCCAUCAUCCCCGUUUGUUCCAUCAUCCCCUGGUCAGUUCUGUCCUGAUUUUCAGUUCGACCCACUCCUCGUUUAUUCCGCACAAUACCACCCAGCCCCUGCCCUUCUAUUAAAUGGUUCCCUUUUGUUCCACCAUGUUCCACCUAUUCCAAAACGGUCCCUUUAUUCCAGCCUAACCUAUCCCACUCUCACUCUUUCUACCUUACUCUUCCCCUCUCUUUCUCUCCCUCUGGCAGUUCCAAACGCUCUAAAUCUCUCCUCCGCCUCCGCCUCCCUUUCUUCGCUACUUCUCUUACUUUGUCACAAUUUACAUUUUCCAAAUAUUCUUGGUUCGCUAAUAUCUAGUCUCUCAUUCUCCCCCCUUUCUCACUUUCUCCCUCCUUCUCUAUCCUUCUCACUCUCUAAUCCUCACGCCACCUACCUAACUCACCCUAUCUCUCUUUACCUCUCGGUCCCUCUCUCUACCUACCUCUCUCCAUCUCACUCUUUCACACUCUCUACGUCUCUUUACCUCCCUCUCUCCCCCUCUCCUCUCACUCUCUUUGUUGCUUCUAUUAUUCUAAAGUUGCAUUCAAUUUUUCUUGAUUCUCUAAUAUCCAGGUUCUCCCCCUCACUCGCUCUCUCCCUGUAUGUACCCCUCUCUGACUAUCUAUCUAUCUAUCUAUCUAUCUAUCUAUCUAUCUAUCUAUCUGGGUCUAUUCAUAUCUAUCUAUCUAUCUAUUCUAUCUAUCUAUCUAUCCUAUCUAUCUAUCUGGGUCUAUCUAUCCAUCUAUCUAUCUAUCUCUCUAUUCAUCUAUCUAUCUAUCUAUCUAUCUAUCUAUCUAUCUAUCUAUCUAUCUAUCUAUCUAUCUAUCUAUUCUUUUCAGGCUCUCACCGAGUCUUCAUUCUUUCCGUUUUCACCUUCUUACUUUUUUCAUCCCUUGAAUCAAUGGAUAUGGGCAGUUGA